UAACUAAAACCACCAUCUUAUUCCUCCUCUUCUUUUCUUUACAAUAUUUUUAGCAACUCUUCAAGAAAAAUGAAGGCAGCUACUCUUGAAGUUGGACAUGCUUCAAAGGUUACAAGUGGGGUGAAUAGAGGAAUGUCUAUACUAGACUUUUUUAUAAGGAUAAUUGCCAUAAUUGCCACAUUAGGAAGUGCCAUUGCCAUGGGAACUACUAAUGAAACACUACCCUUUUCCACACAGGCCAUUCGUUUCAGGGCCAAGUAUAACGAUCUUCCCACCUUCACGUUCUUUGUGGUGGCAAAUGCCAUAGUAAGUGCAUAUUUGGUACUUUCUCUGGGGCUGUCCAUCUUCCACAUCAUGAGGAGCCGAGCACAAGGGAGCAGGAUUGCCUUAAUAUUCUUUGACGCGGCUAUGUUGGCGCUAUUGUCAACGGGAGCAUCAGCAGCAGCAGCAAUAGUUUACUUAGCACACAAGGGAAAUACAAAGACAAACUGGUUCCCAAUUUGCCAACAAUUCGACUUGUUUUGCCAUCGAACAUCAGGAUCUUUAGUUGGGUCCUUUGCAGGAGUUAUACUCUUCAUACUCUUGGUCUUGCUCUCUGCUCUUGCCCUUUCUCGUCGUUGAUUCAUUUGUCGAUUUAAUUUAAAAAAUGUGUGUUCGUUCUGUAUGUUUUAUUCUCAAGAUUUGAGUUUACGUACCACCUUGUAUUGUCAUGUUUAAGAUGGUCAAUUCCAUUGUACUUGUUGUCUAAUUUCUUUGUAUCAUGGUCUCUUUCGCUCUCCUUGUAUUUGUAAGUUUCUAUUUAUGAUGUGUAAUCGAUGAUUCUUCUGUACAAGAAAUUAUUGAAUGGUUUGCAUUAUGGAUU